AUGCGGCGUUCUCGUUACGCUGUCCAAGUUUUCUCCGACGCUGCACUCUCUAACGCCUCAACUACUUGUGCUCCCAUCGUCGACAUGUCUAGUCGUCCUCUGUACGGAGGUGGCAGAGGGCGAGGGAGAGGCCGAGGCGGGAGAAGUUUCUCCAAUCGUCCGUACAGCGACGCCGGAAGAGAUAAUUUCGUCACUGGAGACUCGCAUUUCCAGUCAGUCCAUGACGCCAAUCUCGAAUUCCGGCACGGGAACAGAGUCUCCUCUUCGAAUCCCGAUCCUCGUCGCUUCAAUCAUGGGCAGCGACCGCCGUUCAAUCAGAAUUACGAGUUUCGGCCUCGGCCUCCUCGAGGUCAAUGGCAACAGCUCUAUCAACCUAACCAUUCGCCGUCUAGUCAAAGCUAUACGGCGUGCCCUCCUCCUCCGUUCUAUCAAAACCAGGUGUCUCGGCCGCCUCCGCAGCGGAGCUUCCGUCAACGGCCACGGUCAAAGCCCUCAGAUUACCGAGAAUGGGAAUACGCCAAAACGGCACCGUCUCCUGGGUCCGAAAAGUUCGUUGUUUUGUCGUAUAACAUAUUGGCGGAUUACCUUGCAAAUGAUCACUGGAGAAAUCUGUACUUUCACAUACCGAGGAAUAUGUUGAGUUGGGGAUGGAGAAAGAGCAAAAUAGUGUUCGAGCUUGGCCUCUGGUCUGCAGAUAUAAUGUGCCUCCAGGAAGUUGAUAAAUUUCAGGACUUAGAGGAGGAUCUGAAGCUCCGAGGAUAUAGUGGAAUUUGGAAGAUGCGGACUGGUAAUGCUGUUGACGGCUGUGCAAUAUUUUGGCGAUCAAAUAGAUUCAAGUUGGUUCACGAGGAAAGCAUCCAGUUCAAUCAACUUGGUCUCCGGGAUAAUGUUGCUCAGAUAUGUGUGCUUGAGACGCUGUUGAAUUCACAUACAAAAGAAGAUGAUGUCUCUCCGUCUGAAAGCUGUUCCCGCCGAGUUGUCAUUUGUAAUAUCCACGUGCUUUUUAAUCCUAAAAGAGGAGACUUUAAACUUGGUCAGGUCAGAACACUAUUAGAGAGAGCUCAUGCUGUUUCGAAACUCUGGGAUGAUGCGCCUGUUGUUCUAUGUGGGGAUUUCAAUUGUACACCAAAGAGUCAUUUGUACAACUUUAUUUCGGAGCGGAAGUUGGAUCUCUCGGGAUUGGCCAGAGACAAAGUUUCGGGGCAACUUUCUGCUACAAUUCGUCCUCAAAGGCCAGAAGUUUAUACAACGAGAUUUCAGUCUGCCAAUAAAGCUCCACAAGGUCAAAUUCAACCACAAGAUUCGAUCGCAAAUGCUCAUGUGGAAAGUAACUCCAACAUAGAUGUUGGAAAGACGUCUGAACAAGUUUUACCAGGCGAGGGUCCGGCCUCAGAUUGUAAUUUAGGAACAGUAAACAGAAAUCCUGAUGACUCUGGGGAUCUCUCUAUAGCUGAAGAUCUUUCUGCAGUAAGCAUAUCAGAUCCAAAACCUAAGCAUGCUUCCAGUGCGAAAGAUGAUUUGUUGAAUGAAGAACUUUCAGUAAGUUCUGUUUUGUCAGCAACAGAGCAUACACAAGAGGAAAAUAUGUCCAGUGAUCAGAAUAUUUCAUUUAGUCUCUCCGAUAAGGUUAGCACAUUGGACGAACCAGCUGUAUUCGCGCAAGACGAUGAAGGUAUGGGUGAAGAUGGGGAAAUUUUGGCUAAGCUACACGAUAAUGAUGAGGACUUGAGUCAAAAAGAGGAACUUGUGAGUGAAAUUUCACCUAUAUCGGGCUCUGAAGCUUUCGAUAGUGAGAGAAUCACUUAUAAUCCGUCCUCUUGGACUCCAAUGGAGAUAGCAACCGCAACAGGCGACCAAGAAAGAAGUACGGUUGAACACGCUAUGGAGCUUAAAAGCACUUACUCAGAAGUGGAGGGUAAAGCGAACACAAGAGAUGAAAACGGAGAGCCUGUAGUGACAAGUUAUCACAGAUGUUUCAUGGGAACAGUUGACUACAUAUGGCGGUCGGAAGGUCUCCAAACGGUGCGUGUGCUUGCUCCAAUGCCGAAACAAGCAAUGCUGUGGACACCAGGCUUCCCAACUCCAAAAUGGGGAAGCGAUCACAUUGCACUGGUUUCGGAGUUGGCAUUUUGCGACAGCAAGAGUCCGCCUAAAAGCUCAGUGACAGCAUGA